AUGUCUCUCUCCGAACUGACGAGCCUGCAGAAGACCCUCAACAGCGCCAUAGACGCCUUCAAGGCAGAGCUUGCCGCACAGAACUUGGCUGAACCGUCGCUCAAUACCUCGAAGCCUCAUCCUAUCGAUGACAUUACUUAUCUACCUACGCCAGCCAUGUACGAAGCUCGUAGGGUUGCGCUUGCAAGUCUUGGUCUUAUCAAAUCACUGAUUCAAUCUCCUUACGAUGCUCUUGCUGCUAACACAUGGAUGACACUUGAAGUAGCAGGCGUCCGUUUGGCUGCUGAAAUAGGGCUCGCAACAGUUCUUGGUGACUCUGAGGACGGCCUGAGUAUUAAUGAAAUUGCUGAAAAGACGAACGUCGAUGGAAUAAAAUUAGGCUGGUUCCGUGAGACUGAGCAAGGUUAUUUUGCCAACAAUCGCCUGAGCAACCUCAUAAAAAAAGACCAACCGGGAUUUCACCUGGCGACGUACAUGAACGAUCUUUUUAACAAAGUUUCCGUUGGCUUUUCGGAGAUGCUCAACCACCCAGACCCCGAAUUCAAGAAGAAUACCGAUCCUUUCCACACUGCUUUCCAACUAUCGUACAAGACCGAUGUUGCUUUCUUUGGUGCUGGUGGCUGGCUUACCAAGGACCCACAGGAAGCUGUGAAAUUCGGUCUUUCUAUGGGUGCAGUGGGACCUACAUCCGACCCCGGUGUUGCCGCCGACUUCCCGUGGGGUGACGUUGCUGAUGGUAUGGACGCCGUCGUCGAUGUCGGAGGGGGUCAGGGCACGCUCUGUUGCUCGCUCGCGGCCAAGUACCCAAAUAUCAAGAAAUUCAUCGUUCAGGAUCUCCCCGAAACACGAGAGGCAGCCGAGUCGUUUAUUGAAUCUAAGGGUCUGUCGGACAAAGUCAUUUUUGAAGCGCAAGAUUUCUUUAAGCCUCAACAGCGCAAGGGAAAGUACCUUUUCGUCAUGCAACGAGUUCUGCACGACUGGAGCACGGAAGAAGGUCAAAGGAGUUACUUCUCGAUUAUUCGACAACUCACAGGCUUGAUAGGUGCCAAGAUGCUUAAGCACAUUCGAGAUGUUCUUACCGAAGAUAGCCGUCUUUUGAUUAUCGACACUGUCAUACAAUCUGCCAUUGUUUCAUCUGAGGGACAAGAACUUGUCCAAUCUCUUUUGAAAUUGAACAAGAAUGUAUACGAGCCCGUACCACCUCCCCAAUUCAUCCCUGUCGACUUUGGAGAGGCCAGUCGCAUUCAGCACCAAAUUAAUGUUGCGCUUACGGCGUUGUGUAACUCGUUCGAACGCACUCUUCCUCAACUCCAGGAAAUGGUCGAGCUCGGCGGGCUGAAGAUUAAUAAAGUUAAUGCGACAAGGGGAUGGGCAUCCAUCACAGAAGUUGUGCUUGCUUAA